AUGGUAACUGCAACAGCAAGUAGUCAAUCUCCUUACUUUGUCAACGUUGAUAUUGAAUCAGUGCGCAACACAUCGCAAACAGAGGUCUCUAAUGUAUCCAACAAGAUGGUCGGCUUGAAAGAGACUGGAACAGCCCAAGUUCUUCGACAUCCACAAUGCAGGUUUAUUUGGUAUCUCCGAACGGGAAUAGGCAUUUUCACGGUGAUUGCACUAUGCAUGUCAGCUUUCAACUCUCUCAUUUCAAUCACACAUGUUCUUUUUGGAGUAUACUUAGCUGUUGUUUUGAUUCCAUGUUUUCUACUCGAAUUCGGAUAUAUCUUACGUUUGGUGUGUGGAACAAACGGCGCGUUCUGUCAAGUGUUCAGUGGGAUUCUGCAUUUUGAUAACUGGCGAAGAGGACUUUUGUACAUCAUAAUGUCAAUUGUUUGUUUCAUCCCAUCCUUUACUAACAACUAUGGGGUUGUUUGUGGCAUUUCCCUGAUCGUCACUGGCAUACUAUACACGGUUAAAGACUGGGAGUACAAAACAGUACACACAUAUAUCGCUGAUGCCCAUGUUCAAUACACGACAUAA